AUCUCUGUACCUUUGAGUACCGCUUCCAAUUUGUUAAGUCUUUCGCCGAACAGGUGGAGACUUGAAGGAUCGGCAACAACAGCAAACUUACUUCAUGAGCAUGCACUUCUUUUCUUCGACUUGGAAGGAGAGCAAGGUUGUUUCUAUAGCAAGUCUUUGCUACUAAGCAAGCAAUCAAGAACCAAGAGAUCUAUCUACUGUAUCUAUCUAUCUAUUGUUGAUAGCGUCUGACUGCAUCUUUUAGUUAAGCAGCAAACAGCAACAAACAGCACACUACGUCGUACAAAGAAGAAAGAAGAAUGAGUCCCCGAUUUCUUUGGCUCUUGGCCGUUACCACCACCACCUGUGCGGCCUUUCAAUUGCCCACUACCAGCACGCAGCUUCGACAACCACAGCAGCAACAUGGUCGUCAUCAUGAUGCUGCUCCACUCUCCAUGAUUCGAAAGUCCAAAAAGGGAUCCAGUAAAUCCAAGAAACGCACCAGCAGUGGAGGAGGCUUUGGAUCUUCUUCUUCGACUUCCACAGCCACUGCUGCUACCGGUACAACCACUGCCGGGAGUCCUCCUGCAUGGGCGUCUCGAUUUCCCUUUGCGGGAACGGUCCGACCGGGUGCGCAAACCCCGCAAAAGAUUGUUGUGGACGAAUCGAUUGUCAAACCCGACUAUGCGUUAGAUGGACGUCCCAAAAAUGCCCGACCCAUGCUCCCCUGGGUCAUUGAAGUCAAGACCGAAGCCGAAAUUGAAAAGAUGAGGGCUGCCGGACGAUUGGCACGAAAAGCACUCGAUCUGGCAGGACGAGCUGUCAAGCCGGGUGUGACGACCCAGGAAAUUGAUGAAAUCGUUCAUCAAUGUACCAUUGAUGCCGGAGCGUAUCCGUCACCAUUGAACUAUCAUGGCUUUCCAUGUUCCUGUUGUACCAGUGUCAACGAAGUCAUUUGUCAUGGAAUUCCAGAUGAUCGUCCCCUACAAGAAGGGGAUAUCAUCAACCUCGAUAUCACCGUAUACCUCAAUGGAUUCCAUGGCGAUUGCUCCGAAAUGUUCUACGUCGGGAACGAGGCUGAUGCCGAUGACGCUACUAAAAAUCUACUACAGACCACGUACGAUUGCUGGAUUAAAGCUUGCAACUUUGUCCAACCCGGGAACGAUUACAAGGACAUUGGCGCCAUUAUCGAAGAUCACGUCGAAGAACGCGGAUUUACCACCGUCCGCAACUUUUGCGGACACGGCAUUGGAUCCGUCUUUCACACCAACCCCAAUAUACUCCAUUAUCGAAACAACGAACCCAACGGACGCAUGGCACAUGGACACACGUUUACCAUUGAACCCAUGAUUUGCGAAGGAUCCGCCAAGCCACUCAGUUGGCCCGAUGAUUGGACCGCGACGACAGUCGAUGGACGUCGAUCGGCACAAUUCGAACACACAUUGCUUGUGACGUCCGAUGGAGGCGUCGAAGCCUUGACGGGAAAAACCGCCGACUCGCCGUUGCAUUUCUGGGAACGCGAAUCGGAGAUUCAUCGGGGCGCGUGGUUGGGAACGUCGCCCGCCGCCAAGGCCCGCAUGGAAGAAAUCAAUGCCGAAUUAUUGAAGCAAGAAGAAGAACCACAACCACAACAAGAACAACAGUAGUCAGCUGGCUACAGUACGUUAGAUAGCUAGCCAGCCAGCCUUUUGUCAAUAUUAUUACUAUCGAUAAAAAGUAGUGGAUUGCUACUUUUUGGAACGUGUCUAAACGAACAAUUACACUGGUUGUACAUGUAGACAGAGGUGAAGAUCUUAGUAGAAACACGGAAAAACCAGCA